GCGCUCUCAGGGUUAGCUCAGCUCUCCACCCCCAGGAAGGCCAGUCCAGAGGCGGGCCCUGCCUUUGCCAGGUGGUAAAUACACCGUCCAGCACCUCCCCAGGCUUCUCAUCCCAGUCUUCUUCCUCACCACCACAACUGUGACCACGAUCAACCAUGACAACCUACACCAACAAAGGACCAAAGCCUGAGAGAGGCCGGUUCCUCCAUUUCCACUCUGUGACCUUCUGGGUUGGCAACGCCAAGCAGGCUGCCUCCUUCUAUUGCAACAAGAUGGGCUUCGAACCGAUGGCCUACAGGGGCCUGGAGACUGGCUCCCGGGAGGUGGUCAGCCAUGUCAUCAAACAAGGGAAAAUUGUGUUUGUUCUCUGUUCUGCUCUCAACCCCUGGGACAAAGAGAUGGGCGACCACUUGGUGAAACAUGGCGAUGGGGUGAAGGACAUCGCAUUCGAGGUAGAAGACUGCGACCACAUUGUGCAGAAAGCCCGGGAACGGGGAGCCAAAAUUGUGAGGGAACCCUGGGUGGAAGAAGACAAGUUCGGGAAGGUGAAGUUCGCUGUGCUACAGACGUACGGAGAUACCACACACACCCUGGUGGAGAAGAUCAACUACACUGGCCGUUUCUUACCUGGAUUCGAGGCCCCAACAUACAAGGACACCCUACUCCCAAAACUACCCAGAUGCAACCUGGAGAUUAUUGACCAUAUUGUAGGCAACCAACCCGACCAGGAAAUGAUGUCUGCCUCGGAAUGGUACCUGAAAAACUUGCAGUUCCACCGUUUCUGGUCCGUGGAUGACACGCAGGUGCACACGGAAUAUAGCUCUCUGCGCUCCAUCGUGGUGGCCAACUAUGAGGAGUCCAUCAAGAUGCCCAUUAAUGAGCCAGCGCCGGGCAAGAAAAAGUCUCAGAUUCAGGAAUAUGUGGACUAUAAUGGGGGUGCCGGCGUCCAGCACAUCGCUCUCAAGACGGAAGAUAUUAUCACAACGAUCCGCCACUUGAGGGAGCGAGGCAUGGAGUUUUUGGCUGUUCCGGCUUCUUACUACAAGCUGCUGCGGGAAAAUCUCAAGACAGCCAAGAUCCAGGUGAAGGAGAACUUGGACGUGCUGGAGGAGCUGAAAAUCCUGGUAGACUAUGAUGAGAAAGGCUACCUCCUACAGAUCUUCACCAAGCCCAUGCAGGAUCGACCCACACUCUUCCUGGAAGUCAUUCAGCGCCACAACCACCAGGGGUUCGGAGCAGGCAAUUUCAACUCCCUGUUCAAGGCUUUCGAGGAGGAACAAGCCCUACGAGGCAACCUCACCGACAUAGAGACCAAUGGGGUGAGGUCGGGAAUGUAGGUCCCGCUCGCUCACACCCACAUCAUGCAAGGUGCUGGGUACAUCAGUCUUCUGACGUUUAAGGGACAACCACAGGGUUCCACUCAUGUCAUGGCCACGCCCCCUCAACUGCAAGGGUCCCACCUUGCCUGUUCCUUCCUGAUGAGUAAAGCCACCCAAC